GUCACACCGCUCGCUUCGCCUGCCGCUGUGUUGGUGCGCGCAGUUGUUAUCACGCACAGAGAUAUACACACACACACCGAGAUAUUGUUGUAUAGUCGGGUGUUCGUGGGGUAUAAGGUUUGAUUGUCCCAGUAAAGCUGCCUGUUAGAAUGCCGCUGUUGACGAUGUUGUCUUGGUAGAUGUCGAUGCAAGUGGAACGUGCGAUCGGGGUAGGGGGGGGGGGAGUAGAACGGCACCGUGUGGGUUUGUGGGGCUAAGCGGAUUGUGAAGUCUCCUGCGGCCUCCCAAAGCGAAACUAGCAGCCGGACGGAGCAGCCUAGGCCACGGAGGGAUUGUCAACAACAUUAUCAACAACAUCAUCAACAACAUCAUCAUCAUCAGCAGCGAGAAGAAGGCGAUUUUCUACGACAUCGUAGCCAAGAGGGACCAUGGACGAAGCCGGUGAUGUCGGCGUGGAGCGGGAACCGUCGCUCGACACAGACCAUGGCUGGGAUGAAAGACUUUCUUCUAAGGACGAUCGUGACCAUCUACAACAGCCGCAUGGUAAUGAACAACAACAACAACACGAUGGACAACAACACCAACAACACGAUCACCAGCAGCAGCAACAACCAGAUCGUCAACAACAACAACAACCAUACGACCAGCAGCAACUCCAAGAUCAUCAACUUCACCAGGGCGAUCAUCCGACAGAGCAUCACGACCAUCAACAACAACAACAUCAACAACAACAACAUCAUCAACCUGAACAACAACAACAACAUCACCAGCAGAAACACGACUACGAUGAACAUCAACCUGAACAACAACAACAACAUCAUCAUCACCAGCAGCACAAACACGAGUACGAUGAACUCCACGGUCACAGCCACGACGACCACCACGACCAAGACGACGACGAAGAAGACGACGUCCACUUCCAACCAGAUCACGACAACCACAACAACUUUCACCACCACCACCCACCGGGAUUCCCCGUGCGGCGUCUCGUCGUCGAGCCCGACUGCGGUGCCGACGGGGAGCGGCAGCCGCUGCUGUCGCCCCAGCGCCGCCUCAACGUGUUCCCGCACGACGCCGACUUCACCAGGGUGAUGAGCGACGUGCAGGCGGCCGUGGACGCCGGCGUCUACCCCGAGAGGAUCCUGCAGGGCUCCAGCGGCAGCUACUUCGUCAAGGACAUCAGUGGGAAAGUGGUUGGGGUGUUCAAGCCUAAGGAUGAGGAACCGUAUGGACACCUGAACCCCAAGUGGACCAAGUGGGUUCAUAAAAACUGCUGCCCAUGCUGCUUUGGCCGUGGCUGCCUGGUGCCCAACCACGGCUACCUCUCCGAGGCUGGCGCCAGCCUCCUGGACCAGAAGCUUGACCUGAACGUGGUCCCCAAAACCAAGGUGGUGCACCUGGCGUGCAAGACGUUUUACUACGGGCCAAUCGACCGCUGCAAGUCUCAGGGAAAGAAGUUCACCAUGGAGAAGAUGCCAUCCGUCGGGCGCAUGUUUCGGAGGGUGGGAUUGCCGCCCAAGGUGGGCUCGCUUCAGCUCUUCGUGGAAGGCUAUAAGGACGCCGACUUCUGGCUGCGGAGGUUCGAGACAGAGCCACUGCCUGAGAACACGCGCAAGCAAUUCCAGCUGCAGUUCGAAAGGCUCGUGGUCCUCGACUACAUCAUACGCAACACAGACAGAGGCAACGACAACUGGCUCAUUAAGUACGACUGCCCCGUCUCUGACAACCGCGACUCGGACUGGCUGAUGGUGAAGGAGCCUAUAAUAAAGAUCGCUGCUAUUGACAAUGGCUUGGCAUUCCCUUUCAAGCACCCGGACUCGUGGAGAGCUUAUCCGUUUUACUGGGCUUGGCUGCCCCAGGCCAAGGUGCAGUUCUCACAAGAGAUCCGGGACUUGGUGCUGCCAAAGCUGGAGGACACGAGCUUUGUGCAGGACCUCUGCCACGAUCUCUUUGACCUGUGCAAGGAUGACAAAGGCUUUGAUAAACACACCUUCGAUAAGCAGAUGUCAGUCAUGAGAGGCCAGAUCAUGAACCUGGAGCGAGCGCUGCACGAAGGCAAGACGCCCCUGGACCUUGUCAACAUGCCACACAUUGUCGUGGAGUCGGCCUCUCGCUCACGAAGCACCAGCUUCAUCCAGAUCAUCCGCAGCAAGCCCUUCUUCUCAUCCUGGUGACCGCAGCUGUCCCAUCACGACGCACGUUAUCUGCCGCCACUGCUCCUCCAUGCCCUCUCCUUCUGCCCUCCCCCCCCCCCCAACUAAUGGCACGGAUGCCACAGAAGCAUCAUCCUUCUUGCCUAUGCAUUCCCAACGCAAGCUAAAGUGCCGUGUGGCGCGCACGACUGCACCUUGCCAGGCGGCAUCGUUAUUAGGUGGAGCCCGUUAGUGGAGGGAUGCCCCUGCUCUCCGGGUAAAUUUGUCCUGGAGAAUGAUCGCGCCAGGUUUAAUUCUCGUGCGUGCGGAAAGAGCGUGGCUCAUCCUGAGGACCGCACAGUUGUGGCACCAAUCCCGGUGAAUACGAGCGCUUAGCAGCAGCUGGUGCAGGGCUGGGGUAUCCAGGUUUUGUUAAUGAUGAGGAUAAAUAGUCUGAAAUCCUUACAGCAAUUCAGUAGGAUACUGAUGCAAUUUGGAUCUAUCGAGCAUCUAAAUAUGACUGCGUGUCAAGAUUCCGUGCAAAGUAGAAGUCAUUCACAUCACGGGGACCACCAGAAAUGAAGAUUUAUGUUUAAGGUCAGCAGCAAUCACAAUAUCUUGGUAAAAAAGAGAGGCAGUCAGUCCUAGAGCAGAAGCUGAAGGUCUUGAGUCUGGACUCGGCAGCAGGGAGUUUGGGUGGCAGGGUGGUACAGUGUGCCUCACAGCGAGAAGGGCCUGGGUUCGUUUCUUGACUUGUGCACCUUUGUAUGUUGAGUUUUUUUUAUGUUCUCCCCCUGUUCUCUGAUUUUCCUCCAGUGGCUAAAAUACUACACAAUGGAACUGGUAUUGGUCAAACAUGCCAAAGCUGUAAAUUACAUGUACAAUACUCAAUUAGUAUCACACAGCAGCAAUACAGCCCACGACUGCGAAAGCUUGGCAGGACCAUCCUGAAAAGAAUUGAGACUCGGUGAGUCUUUUCUGGGUAAACUAGCAGCACAAAUGGCCAUAGGGAAAUCCUCCCACUCUCUGUCUCUGUUGGCUUUGUCAGACAAUCGGCUUCACUUUUUUCUUUACCAAAUGCAUACCUUAAAAUAACAUUCAUGUGGUCACCACGCAUAUGGAUUUGGCGAGUGUAGCAUGGACGGUUAGUAUUGAGAAGUGUUUGAAAAUGUAAAAAAUUACGUUUUUGCAAUUCCUACUGAAUAAUCUGUUGUGCCGACUGCAUCUGUCAUUGGCACUUUCGCGACAGCACCACUUAUUGAUUUAUAGUUACUCUUAAAUGCACAUGUUUCUUUGGAGUCCUUGAAUAUUACACUUCGGUGGCCUGCAGUUUUGCCAGUGAAAAGACAUUUUCUUUUCUGUUCACCGAUUGGCAGACCUAUAGAAUGUAUGCCAGGCUAUCCGGCCUUCGGCAAGACAAAAGACAAAUAGUUUUGUAUUGCACUUGAUUUUAAACAAUGUUGAAUACAGACCCCCAGUAUGUGUGCCUGG